AUGAUUCGUCGGGUUGUUGUUAUUUAUAUGAUUUGUUUGUCUCCUAGCUAUCUACAUAACAACGAUGUUUUAAAUAAAUCAAUUUAUAGUUAUGUGAUUGGUAUGAUGAUAACAGUGCUGUUAUUAAUCAAUCACAUUACUAUAGUUGAUAGUAUCAAAUGUCUACAAGACCAAAGAAUAUUUACACAAACUGAUGAUGAAGGUGACGAUGACCCAGUAGAAGUAGAUUGGUGGUUUGCAAUCAAGAUACGUGGUACUUCAGAUGCAUAUCUAUACUAUGAUUCAACAAUGGAUGAAACUGAAUUUAGUACUGGAUAUUUCCUUCGAAGUGAUAAGAGUGCAUUGGGAGCAACGAUGGAUCAAAUAUCAUCAACUCAACAUUACUAUGUAGCAUUUAACGAUCAACCUGCCAAAACAAUGGGUGACGCAUUCAAAAUUAAUACUCAUGAAAAGGGUAUCAUUGCAUGGGACAAAGAAGGUGGUGAUGGUUUCUAUUUAAUGCAUACAAUGCCACAAUUCCCAAAUACCUACUUUUCACCGUUGGAUGGUAAUCCAAGUCAUAUGUAUUGGCAAGAUUCAUUUAGUGAAGGUCCGAGAAAGAGUGAUUCAUACGCUAAAUCAUUCCCGUCGAUGGGUUGGGAAAACAACUUCUUUCACAAUAAUCUCAUGUCACUCACUGAUUUGUACGAAGACUGUUAUCGAGAGUACCAUCAGACGGCCGCACAGAAAAAGGCGUCCGACAAGUACAACUAUGGUGAAGACGAUAGUGUCGAGGAGGAUACAUCCGACUCGGAGGAUUCAGCCGAUACACUUCGACACGAAAAGGAGAGAGCCAAGAAACAGCAGUUGUGCAAACUAGACAUCUCGCCAUUCCUCGUCGAAGGGUUCCCCAAAAAGAAACAUUCACUCGACUUGUCGCAUUUGAUUGGUGGCGACACCAACCCAUUUGCUAAACUGUUGGAUGAGAAUGUACCUGCACAACACAUGUUUUGUUUGACACUGCCCGAUGCCAACGAACUCGAUCCCGAAGCAUGGACAUGUCUCGAUGAGGGCGAAGACCCACCCAGCAGUGUCGAUGACUCGGAUUUAGACCCACCUUCAAUGAUCCAACUGUUCCUGCAGUCGCUUGCACGAGGCAGUACAAACGGACUAUCGACAACACACAAAAAUGUCGAUGAUGCAACCGAACAAUACCUACUGCCACAAGCCAACCAACACGCUGCCGACUAUUACAAACGGUGUAUUCAACUAAACGACAAACACUAUUACUUUGUAGUUUCCUCCAAGUCUAGACAAAGUGAUGGGUCUCUUGGCUCCAAGUUUUCAGAUAUUUGGGGAGUGUUGGAAGAACCGGGUUGCGACCAAACCCAAAUUGCAAACAGACCAUGUCUCAAUGACAAUGAACAAAUGUGGAUAAGUACUUGGAGAGGAUCAGGUGACGUUGAUGCAACCGUCCCCGAUCGUCCAGGCGACCAUUUGAACAUGGCAACUUUUAAAGCUGUCGUAGAUAUGGGUGGACACGAGCAAUCCAUCUAUUGGGGUAGUACCGACGUAUCUGUAUCUGGUGUCAAAACAACAGGCGACUCUACCGGUGGAUUCUCUGAUCACUCCAAAAUUGGCUAUCUCCAAAAUGAAGGUGAACAUUGGGAUAUUUGUCUAAGUGGUGGUAAUUUACAUGUAUAUAACAAAAAAACAACAAAGUAUACUGGUUCAAAUGCUUUCUUGGUAUGCUUUAAAUCAAUUGAACUAUCAGUUGCAUUUGAUAAUUUAAAUGUUGGUGCAAAUAAUAAUGCAGUGACACGUACUAAACUGUGGGAACAUUCACAAUACUAUGUACUGUGUUCAAAGAGUUUAAAUGCCAAUAUUCAAGCCGUCCACGAUUACUUGAGACGUGAUGAUAGAGCCUUACUCGACGAUACACACUAUGACAAUAAUCGAUUAAAAGCCAACCCUCCAAAAAGAAACUUGGCUGCAUUUGGAGACCGUGUCAAUUUAUUCAUGCCAGUUACACUACUCAAUAUGAUUUUAGAAGCUGAUGAUAAAAAGGUUGAAGUCAUCUUACCAAGUAGUAGUAGUAGUAGUAGUAGUAGUGAAGAUGGUGGUGGUGGUGGAGGUGGUGGAGAUGACGAUGAAAUGGAAGAAGAAAAGAGUGACAGUGACAGUGAAGGAAAGAAAAAGAAAAAAAAGAGUAGUAGUAGUAGUAGUGGAAGUGGAAGUGGUAGCAGUGGAAGUAGCAGUGGAAGUGGAAGUGGAGAUGAAGAAUUUGAAUCGGAAGAUUCAUCAUCCUCAUCAACUGAUGGUACCAUAAUUUACUUUGGAGGUGGAGGUGGUGCAGCCAAAAGAAAACCUCCACCUACACUCCUUGAUAAAAAGGAGCCCCCUAAAAAGAAACAAAAAAAAAGUCUCAUUUCUUGGAUCUUUGCAAUCGCUAAAAUAAAUUAA